AUGAAGUGUGAAAUCUUGUUUUUGGCAGAUUUCCAGAAGAAGCAGCCAGAGGAUGACUCUUCUCCCAGCACAAGCAGCAGCCAGACAGACUUGUUCUCUGGAGAAACGAACAGUGACAACAGCAAUACCUCUCUAACCACGCAGGCCGCUAACCCCAACCAGCAACUUUUGACAGACCUGAAUGUAACUUCACCCAGCAAAGAGGAAUGUGGGCCAUGCACAGGCACAGCUCAUGCCUCCCUAACGGCAACCAAAAGAUCCUGCGACUCAGAUUCACAGUCGGAGAGUGAGGCUUCUCCUGUGAAACGGCCACGGCUACUGGAUGACAGUAAUGACAGGCCUGAAGAAACCAGUCGAUCCAAACAGAAGAGUAGACGCCGGUGCUUCCAGUGCCAAACAAAACUGGAGCUAGUACAGCAGGAACUGGGAUCGUGUCGCUGUGGUUACGUGUUCUGUAUGUUACACCGCCUGCCUGAACAGCACGACUGCACAUUUGACCACAUGGGACGUGGGCGCGAGGAAGCCAUUAUGAAAAUGGUGAAACUGGAUCGGAAAGUAGGGAGAUCUUGCCAGCGCAUUGGCGAAGGAUGUUCCUGAGUGCGAGACUCUGCAACCAAAUGCUGUUCUCUUAGUUCACUAAUGUUAGCCUUAUUUAGGACAAAGUCAGCCAGACACCUUGUACUAGGCAAGUUUCAGACUACAGCCAAUCAGUUUCCUUUCCUUAGCCAACCGUCCUGGUACUGUAGUUUAGGGAUUGAGGGUGGUUGAAAUUGAUUUCUGGCUGGUUACUAAGGUGCCUGCUAGCCACUGUAUGAAAUUAAAACAUGAAGAAAUACUAUUUUUGAGCAUGGCUAGUGGAUUUAAACAAAACGAGACAAAUCCAAAGGCUUCUGGUAUCGCUGGAGUCACUCUAAAAGCCUUAUGCUGGAAACAUUCCAGCUGCAGAGUUAAAACAAAUAGUUAUAUAGAAGCUGGUGUCAAAGUUUGCUAUGCACAUGGCUUUCAGACCAACUGUUCAAUGUGCAGCCUUUCACCUCUUCACCUCUAGUUAAUCCUGAGGAGGUGAAACACUACUAAGAGCAGCGACCGCGGCUGCUUAAGCCCAGAAGACCUGACUGGUCACUCGUGCCUUCAUCGCGUGUGGCUUUUGAGGUUUGGCAAUGUCACCAGCAUCAGGGAUUCUGUUGGGGUAGGAACAUCUUUCUGGUUCUUCCCAGGAAGCCAAAAAGAAAGGGGGACAGAGAUUCUUAUGAAAAAUUUUUAUAUCUAUCUUGCUAUGAAGAACCUAUCUGGGUUUUUUUUUCUCAGUUAAAUUGUGAUCUCGCUGAACGCCAACUUCAUCCCAGAGCAGUUAGUGGUGCGUACUUUUUACAUGGCAUCCGUAGAGUUUCUAAGAGUUGUGUGAACAGAUUGCACGUACAUUGCAUCCACUGACCAGUGCAGCCAUUCCCACCGGCCAAAACCUGAUUGGCUCUUGUUUGCCUUUUGCUAAGUGCAGGUAUCUGAUAAUUGAUCAAAUAAGGCUAAUUCACAGCACAGUAGCCAUGGCUGGAUUCUACAGACUGACUUUCUGUAGCUAGACUUAUAUAUUGGGG